GUCACAUCUCAACGAACGAAAUACAAAAUCAAUUGUGUACAUAAAAUGAAAACUAAAAAAACGGUGUAUUCUUUCAUGUUUCCGAAGUGAUAUUCCCAAAAAUGGGUGAAAAAUUCAGACAACAAUGUUGUUUAACGCUCCAAAAGCCGAAAACCGUUUGGUAAAAAGGGAUUUAUUAAAUUCUCUAUUGUUGGCAACGAGAGUGAUUGAAAAUAUAGCAAGAGAUAUGUCCAGCUCAAAUAGUUGUCAAUGGCAAAGGACUAUACUUGGACACACGCUUACAAUGUCUCGAGGAUCAUGUUUGGAAGCCUGUGACAGCGGUACCAAGAAUGCUAUAACGGCGUUUAGAUCUUGGCUUCAAGCUCAUGAAGAAGCUCAGGUAAUGAUUGCCAGUAUCUUGGUGGUUGUCGGUUUGUGGUGGCUCGUCCGGACUGUGCUGGCGCUUUUGAUUAACCUCAUCUGUCCCGUUUUCGUUGUGAUACUCGCUGUGAUUUGUAUUCCUCAACUUCGUACUCCCUUACUAGGUCAAAACUACCCCCUUCUUGCGAACACUUUGAGGGAAAUACUAUUGAAGAUGGCUGAUAAUCUAAAAUCGUAGAAAACCGUGUACUGUACUUUGUUAAAAUUAUACGGACUCGCACCGCACAUGAAGGCACCGAUUAUCAGCAGAUACGACGCAUCGCCAUGGACUUGAAUUCGCGAACAGUACUUUUUCC